UUUGAAGCUUCCUUAUGCUGAUGAUAUAAAAGGACCAUAUUUCCUGCGGUGGAUCUAGUCUAUGUGCAAAUUCCUAGUGAGUUAAUUUCCUCAGGCUUGAUCUUGUGUGGAGGUCACAAAUCCUUCUGAAAUGGCUCUGAAUGAAAUAUUGUUAGCUCUUUUCGAUAGGCCGAAUGAGCCUCUAUUUCUCCCAAAAGGUGAUGAACAGUUCACAUUCCAUAUGCCUGAAGACUAUCUGGCGGAUCGCUUCAAGAGGGUGAAUAUCGCGGAUCGCUUUGGCACCGGUGGCCAAAAUGUGGUCGAUCUGAAGCAGAUCACUCUCCCAGAACUCGAUCUGCCUCUGCAACUGCAGAGAACUGCUCAGUUCACCCCAUUCAUACCGCUGCAUAGAAGGAUGGCGGGCGAGCUUAUCGAGAAAUUCCUGGGAAUGAGAAACACGGAUGACUUUCUAUCUUGCGCGGCAUUCUGUCGCCAAAACAUGAAUCCGCUGCUGUUCAACUAUGCGUUCUCGGUGGCUUUGCUGCACAGAAAUGACACGAGGGGCUUUGAUGUGCCGCCUCUGCAUGAAUUCUUUCCAGACAAGUUCAUCGAUCGAGGCAUCUUCAACAAAGCUAGGAUGGAGGUCAACAUCAGCUCAACUGUUCAAGAAAUUGUGCCUGAGCCGAUCGAGGUACCACUGGACUACACGGCGUCUGACCUUGACCCGGAGCACAGAGUGGCCUACUUCCGGGAGGACGUGGGCAUCAACCUGCAUCACUGGCAUUGGCAUCUCGUCUUCCCCUUCCUCGGACCCAGGCGGGUUGUAGCCAAGGACAGGCGCGGAGAGAUAUUCUACUUUAUGCAUCAGCAGAUCAUUGCCAGGUACAAUUUCGAACGUCUCUGCAAUAAGCUGGCGCGUGUCAAGAAGCUCAUUGACCUGCGAUCUCCAAUCGCAGAGGCUUAUUUCCCAAAACUGGACAGUCUUACUGCAAGCAGGGUGUGGGCUGCCAGAUCUCCCAACUCAACACUGCAGGACAUAAACAGAGAGGCAGAGCAACUGGUUUUUGAUAUUCAAGAUUUGGAACGUUGGAGGGAUCGAUUGUAUGAAGCGGUCAGCACUGGAAGAGUAAUUGAUUCGCAGGGACAAAGCAUUCCAUUGACGGAGGAAAAAGGAAUAGACAUCCUUGGAGAUCUGAUUGAAGCCAGUUCGCUUUCGAUCAAUCGUAACUUAUAUGGAACCCUCCAUAAUCUCGGACACGCGGCUCUUUCCCUUGUUCAUGAUCCGGAAUUUAAAUAUUUGGAAAAUGUUAGUGUUGUUGGUGACCUCGCUACAGCAAUGAGAGAUCCGGUCUUUUACCGCUGGCACGCUUUCAUUGAUGACAUCUUUCUCAAAUACAAACAGACUCUACCUCCUUACACUGUUCAGCAGUUGGGAUUUGACGGAAUACGGAUCAACAGUGUUGAAGUGAACAGUAAGAGCUCUCCGAAGAACCAGUUCUCGACAUUUUGGCAACAGAGCGAUGUGAACCUGACCAGAGGCAUGGACUUCGCCCCCAGAGGCGAUGUGGCUGCUCGUAUCACCCAUCUACAGCAUCAGCCUUUCGAGUAUAGAAUUAAAGUGACAAAUACCGGUCAACAGAGACAAGGAACUGUGAGAAUUUUCCUGGCUCCAAGAUUUGAUGAGCGUGGUCUUCCCUAUCUUUUCAAUGAUGAACGAAAAAUGAUGAUCGAAGUUGACAGAUUUGUCCAUAAUUUCAAGGAACAAAGCGACACGGUAACAAGGAAAUCGAAGAGUUCGACGCUGAUCAUCCCGUUUGAGAGGACAUUCCGUGACCUGCGCAACACCGGCUCAGUUCCGGGUGGCAUCGACGCAUUCAACUUCUGCGGCUGCGGUUGGCCCGAACAUAUGAUGAUCCCCAAGGGCACUCCAGAGGGGUUCCCCGCCACCCUGUUUGUCAUGGUCUCCGACUAUCAGUUUGACAAGGUGGACGACCCGACUGCGACAAAAUCGUUGACAGCCGGUUGCGAGCCGGCCAUGAUAUACUGCGGCAUCCGCGACCAGAAGUACCCGGACGCGCGACCCAUGGGCUUCCCGUUCGACAGACUGGGUCGCGCCGGCGUCAACAACAUGAGGGACUUCCUCACGCCCAACAUGCUCACUCAGGAGUCAGCAUCAAGUUCUCCAAUGUCAUCCUGCCGCCUGGGAGCGUAUCGAGAGGUUGAUCGGGUACUGUCAACUUGUUGUAGACGCAUAUACUGGAAUAUCGUGUACUAUGUAGCGUAGAUGCAUACAGGAAUCGGGAAUAGUUUAUUAGUGUAUACUAUCAAUUAUAGCAUACAGAUAACAUAAUAUAAUAGCACUCUAGCGAAUGCUUUCUCUAUGUUUGUAUCCGAUAAAAGCUUAGCCUGUUGAUGCUACUGAUUACUAAUAUGGGAUAUACUGUACGAUGUAUUGGGAAUAAACGUAUAAAUUGUAUUCUUAUUCGAUCAAAUAUGUAUCCAACGUAUUAUGUAAAGUCACUUCACUUAUAUGGACUAUUCAUUCAAAUUAAUAAAAACAAUAUAUAAAACUUGUAGUACCCUUUUUAUUUAAAACUUUGAAACAUUUCAACGACUAGGUUUGACCUAAGUAGUUUGAAAAUGGUCAAAGUAUGUUGAAACUAGUCGUUGAAAUUGCAGUUUAUAGAAGAAGAUUUUUCAUCAAUACCGUAAAUACCGUUGAAAUGUUUUAAAUUUUUAAAAUGCUUUAAAUGAAAAGGGUACUACAUGUGUUAUAUUGUUUUUAUUAAUAUGUAAAGUUUUUUUUUCAAUUUGCAGUAGAGUUUGCUGUAGGCUAUAUCAUAAUUUGUGUUUUAUUCUGAUUUGUAGUUUUGGUUUAGAAAUUGAAAAUGUAAAUAACCUACAUACUAUUUGGAUAAUUUGACACAAAAUAAGGAAUUUGAAGAAGUUUUGGUCAAUAUGUAGCCUGUUUUUCCUUUUACGACUAUUGUAUUGUUUGCUCUAUUUAAUUAAUAAAUAAUUCAAGUUGAUUUUGUUUUCCAUGACAAAAACACACUAUAAAAUAAUUUUUUUUAGUCUGGACACAUAAAAACUCAGUGUUCAGAUUACAAAAAAAUUAUUUAUCUUCUUUAAAAACGUAGAUCCAGUAAGAAUGUAUAAUAGCCUGUAUCUCACUAUAUUUACAGUUCCUUCACCUGGAUUCGGGCUUAGUAUUUUCAGAUU